UUAACUAAUAAUUCAACACAUGCAAAAAAGAGACACAAACUUUAUGUAUAUAAAUUAAUUACCUCAUACUCGCCAUCAAACCACAUCCACCGCGGCCGCCGCCGCCACAACCACCGUCGUUUUCUCCGAUUUCUUCUUCCAGAUGAAAAACAAGCAAGAUAUCCAUCACCACCACCGCCGCCUCUCCGACCCCGAGCCGGCCGGCAAGAAGAGCCCUCGCUUCACCCUCCCGGACGACCGCACCGCCGCCGCCGAUGAAGACUACGUGGAGAUCACCCUCGACCUCCACGACGACUCGGUCGAGGUCCACAGCGUCACAGCCGCCGGGGGCGGCGCUGUGGACGACCCCGGCCUCAAAAUCCUGGCAAGGGGGCUGGAGAAGAAGUCCUCAUUCGGCUCAUCCGUGCUGAAGCGCCUCGCUUCCUUGACGCGCCACCCUCCGCCGCCCGUGAAGCGGCUCGACCGGACAAAGUCCGCUGCCGCGCAGGCGCUCAAGGGGCUCAAGUUUAUCAGCAAGGCCGAGGGCGGCGCGGCGUGGAGCGAGGUCGAGAAGCGAUUCGAUGAGCUCGCUAGCUAUGGAAUGCUGCCUCGCUCGCUCUUUGGCGAAUGUAUCGGGAUGAAGGGGUCGAAGGAGUUCGCUGGGGAGCUCUUCGACGCGCUUUCGAGGCGGAGGAAUAUCUCCGGCGACUCCAUUGCCAAGGAGCAGCUGAAGGAUUUCUGGGAUCAGAUUGCGGAUCAGAGUUUCGACUGUCGACUUAAAACUUUCUUUGACAUGGUGGAUAAAGAUGCAGAUGGAAGAAUCACUGAAGAUGAAGUCAGAGAGAUUAUAACGCUGAGCGCUUCUGCAAACAGGCUAUCCAACAUCCAGAAGCAGGCAGAUGAGUAUGCAAGAUUAAUCAUGGAAGAAUUAGACCCCUCCAAUCUCGGAUACAUAAUGAUCGAGAACUUGGAGACGCUCCUGCUGCAAGGGGCGGUGCAGCCAGGCGGGGGAGAGAGCCGGAAUCUAAGCAAAAUGCUGAGCGAGAAGCUGAGGCGGACGGAGGAGCACGUGCUGCAGCGCCUGUACAGCGACGGGCGGUAUUUCGUGGCGGACAAUUGGCAGCGAGUGUGGGUGAUGGCGCUGUGGAUUGGAGCGAUGGCGGGGCUCUUCGCCUACAAAUAUGUGCAGUAUAGAAACAAGAAUGGGUUUGCAGUGAUGGGCCACUGCGUUUGCGCGGCCAAAGGCGCGGCCGAGACGCUCAAGCUCAAUAUGGCGCUGAUUCUGCUGCCGAUGUGCCGGAACACCAUCACUUGGCUCAGGAACAGAACUAAGUUAGGUGCUGUGGUUCCCUUUGAUGACAAUAUCAAUUUCCACAAGGUGAUUGCCAUGGCCAUUGGAAUAGGAGUUGGAAUACAUGCGAUAAGCCAUCUGACGUGCGAUUUUCCUCGCCUCCUCCGGGCGAGUCCGGAGGAGUACGAGAAGGUGGUGCAAUAUUUUGGAAGGGAUCAGCCAAAUAGCUAUUGGCAUUAUGUGAAAGGAUUUGAAGGUGUGACAGGGAUUGUUAUGGUGGUAUUAAUGGCUAUAGCUUUCACAUUAGCAUCACCAAUGUUUAGAAGGAACAAAGUGCAUCUACCAAAGCCUUUGGACAAGCUUGCAGGGUUCAAUGCCUUUUGGUAUUCACACCACCUAUUCAUCAUUGUCUAUACCCUCCUCAUUGCUCAUGGAAUCAAGCUAUAUAUGACCCAUGAAUGGUACAAAAAAACAACAUGGAUGUACCUGGCCAUUCCUAUCACAAUUUAUGCUGCAGAGAGAUUGAUAAGAGCCUUCAGAUCCAGUAUCAAGGCUGUCAAGAUCCUUAAGGUGGCUGUCUAUCCUGGGAAUGUGCUAUCAUUGCACAUGUCUAAGCCUCAAGGAUUCAACUAUAAAAGUGGACAAUAUAUUUUUGUCAAUUGUGCAGCUGUUUCUCCAUUUGAAUGGCACCCUUUUUCGAUAACAUCAGCUCCAAUGGAAGAUUAUCUGAGUGUUCACAUUCGUACACUUGGUGACUGGACCAGACAACUCAAAACUGUAUUCUCAGAGGCUUGUCAGCCGCCACCUACAGGCAAAAGUGGGCUUCUCAGAGCUGACUUUUUGCAAGGAGAAAAUAAUCCCAACUUCCCAAAAGUACUAAUAGAUGGUCCUUAUGGAGCACCAACACAAGACUACAAGGACUACGACGUGGUCCUAUUGGUUGGGCUCGGGAUUGGGGCAACCCCGAUGAUCAGUGUUGUGAAGGACAUCGUCAACAAUAUAAAAGCAAUGGAGGAAGAGGAGAAUGCGGUGGAGGAGGGGGAGGGGAGCGAACCUGGCCCCAUGCUUUCCUCCCCGAUGCAUAAAAGAAAAAUAGGGUCGGGCAGUGAGAAGCACGACUUUAACACAACAAGGGCUUACUUCUAUUGGGUGACUCGAGAGCAAGGCUCGUUCGAAUGGUUCAAGGGUGUGAUGAACGAGGUUGCUGAAAUGGAUCAUAAAGGAGUGAUCGAAAUGCACAAUUAUUGCACAAGUGUGUAUGAAGAAGGGGAUGCUCGAUCUGCCCUAAUUGCUAUGCUUCAAUCGAUCAAUCAUGCUAAAAAUGGAGUAGACAUUGUGUCGGGGACUAGGGUUAAGUCACAUUUUGCUAAGCCCAAUUGGAGGACUGUCUACAAGAGAAUUGCUCUCAAUCAUCCUAAUUCAAGAGUUGGAGUGUUUUAUUGUGGUGCACCACCACCGGUGGCUGAACUAAGAAACCUAGCUUGUGAUUUUUCUCACAAGACCUCAACCAAAUUCGAAUUCCACAAAGAAAACUUUUGACAUUUUAGUGGACAAGCUUGAUUGUGAAGAUAUCCCAAUUUGGUGGACUAACUCAACCUACAACAACAGGAGUUUAUAUAUCGAUAAAUUCAAUUUUAUAAUUUUUGUUGCCUUUUUUUUUGUUUUGCAGGUAAAUAUAUAUAGUAGUAGUAGUAGUAGUAGGUCAUGCUUGAAAGAGCAAAAGAUAAUUUGUGGGAUCCCAUUUGGUUAUUAUAUUUCUCUUUGGUGAUGAAUGGAAGAUAAUAAUUGAUGGUGUUGUUAUGUAAUGGCCUAAUGAGGUUGGUGGUUCCCCACCCACCUACCUCAAUUAUAAAUGUAUACUAUUUGUGUAAUUUUAGUUACAUGCUUUUUGUUGUUA